UCUUGAACGGAGGCUGCGAGUCAAUACGCGGUACUUGAUGGACGAGGCUCACGUCCACUCGGUUCUCGUCCAAGCACAGUGGUGUAUUCGCGAAGCCGUGUGUCGCAAACGGCCAAUACGAUGCGCUGAAUGCCGAGUAAUUUGAAUUCGUGCGAAUUACAAUCGAUAAGUGUAACGACGAGAGCUCUCUCGGUUAAACGAUAAACGGCCUGUCAAAUAAAAUAAGCCCGUCCCGAUAUCAUUCGAGCGCGCCUUUAGAAUGUCGACAUUCUAGCUCUGUAGAGUCGAGGACAAGUCGUAUUUUUAGUACGGUCUAAAAUCGUAGCGUUGCUGCGAAGUUCGCGAGUGAAUUUUGCAUCCUCGGCGGAGCUGCUAUACGGGAAUCGCGUGUGCACGGCUCGUCCGUUGAGGAUAAUCGACAAGUGAUCAUUUUCUAUUGCCAAUCCGCGACUCCGCAACGCCGAUUGCCAUUUUUCGAGCUAAAUUUAGCUUGUUGAAAAAUCCGGUUUCAGCUCGGGUUAACUGCGAAGUGAAGAAUGGAAAUAGACGAGGAUCUCCUGCGUUGAGACCCGAUGAAAUUAAUAAUCGAGGGAAUAAUUCUGGAUUAAAUUAAAUUAAAAUAAUUAGGGAGAACGAUAGCCUGCUAGCUCCGGGAUGUUUAAUUGCGAACCGCAAAUUACGUUCCGUGGAUUUCAUUCCCGUGCGAUUGCAGUGUAGCCCACGAGGAUCGUUUUACAUGUGAAUGUUGAUACACCGUGUUUCGCCGUUUACAUUGAGGCUAUUGCGCCUAUUGUACUUCCACUCGACAAACUGUGCCACAAAAACAAACAUCUGCUAUGCAGAUGGGGAUCAGCGAGAUACAAGUAUAAAGCGUGUCUCUUCCGCGAAAGCCGUGUCCUCCAUGAAAAUUUUUCGCGAUGACGAGGUACAAACAGGCCGAAUUCGAGGAUGAAGACAGCAGCAGCAUCGGCUCCGUCGCUCUAAAUAGCGAGGGCAUCAGUACGUCCGCCACACAUAUAAGAUAUCAUACGGGUACAACGAUGUGGAAGGCGAGGAGUAUUUUGGAGAGAUGCCUUCUCAUAAUUUGUGCUGCUUUGCUGCUGACGAUCGUGGUACUCGCCAUUGUAAUCAGCAGCAAAAAUGGUUGGGACGAGGCCCAGAUUCUUCACGUCACUUCUCACGGAGAAGAUGGCACGCAUUGUCUCACGGAACAAUGUGUAACAGUCGCGGCUUCCUUAAUCAAUAGUAUAGAUAAUUCCGUUGAUCCAUGUAACGAUUUCUACGAAUACGCGUGCGGCGGGUGGAAAAAGAACAACCCCAUUCCUGAUGGGAGAAACGUAUGGGGUACGUUCGGCAAGCUGGAGCAGGAUAAUCAACUAGUAGUCAAGAAUGCUCUCGAGAAACCACUUACCGACAUGAAAUCAAAAGCCGAGAAGAAGGCGAAGUAUUAUUAUCUGUCCUGCAUGGAUGCGAAUGAGACGAUCGAGGCGCUCGGGGCGAAACCAAUGCUGGAUCUGUUGGAAAAUAUCGGCGGGUGGAAUGUCUCCGGCAAAUUCAAUAUCAGCGCGUGGUCCCUGCAAAACAGCAUGCACGUACUGCAAAACGUCUAUAAUAUGGGCGGUCUAUUCUCCUGGGGAGUGAGCGAGGACGAUCGAAACAGCACUAGAUACAUAAUCCAGAUCGAUCAAGGGGGCUUAACACUACCAACUGCUGACAAUUACCUCAACGUAUCCGAGCAUGGCAAGGUCCUAAACGCCUAUUUGGACUACAUGACGAAGAUCGGCGUGCUCCUAGGUGGUGAGGAGAAUCUCACGAAGAAACAAAUGCAAGAUGUGAUUGCCUUCGAGACGAGACUCGCGGAGAUCACUAUACCGCCCGAAGAGCGCAGGGACGAGGAGAAGAUGUACAAUCUGAUGUCGUUAAAUGAAUUGCAACGUAAAGCACCUUUUAUGUCGUGGGUAGAAUUCUUCCAAAACGCCACACGCCUCGUAAAUAAAAAGAUCAACAGUAAAGCGAUGAUCGUAAAUUUUGCACCGGAGUAUUUCGUAAAUUUGACGAGAGUCGUGCAGGAGUAUAACAAGACAACUAACGGAAAGAUAAUACUGAAUAACUAUCUGGUUUGGCAGACCGUGAGGUCCUUGACGGCGUUCCUCUCGAAGCCGUUUCGUGAAGCUUACAAGGGCUUGCGGAAGGCUUUGCUCGGUAUGGAAGGCCACGAAGAGCAGUGGCGUUAUUGCGUCAACGACGUUAAUAACGCCAUGGGUUUCGCCAUUGGCGCGAUGUUUGUCAGAGACCGUUUUCAAGGCAAGAGCAAACCCAUGGCGGAGGAAAUGAUCAAUCAUAUACGCGAGGCGUUCACGAAAAACUUUAAGAAUCUAAAUUGGAUGGACGCAGAGACGAGAAACGCUGCCGAGGAGAAAGCGAACGCGAUCGCCGACAUGAUCGGCUUCCCGGACUUCAUUCAGCAGGCCAGCGAACUCGACGAGCGUUACAGGGAUUUGUCGAUUAAACAAUAUGAAUAUUUCCAGAACACUUUGCGCGUCAACAAAUACAGUUUCCGUAAAAAUCUCGAGAAACUUGAUCAGGUGGUGAAUAAGACCACUUGGAUAAUGACACCGCCGGCCGUGAAUGCUUAUUAUACACCUACCAAAAAUCAAAUGGUCUUCCCUGCUGGUAUUCUUCAGAGUCCGUUCUACGAUAUGAAGAAUCCCAAUAGUUUGAACUUCGGCGGCGUAGGCGUAGUCAUGGGACACGAAUUAACGCAUGCUUUUGACGACCAAGGUCGGGAGUAUGACUUGCAUGGAAAUCUGCACCAUUGGUGGAACGACGCAACGGUGGAGCGAUUUAAAAAUAGAACCGAAUGCUUCGUGGAACAAUAUAACCGAUACCAAGUACAAGGUCGAAACAUAAAUGGCCGACAGACGCUGGGGGAGAAUAUCGCCGACAACGGGGGCCUUAGGGCAGCAUAUCACGCUUAUCUUUCGAUGCCUAAGACCUACAAGGAUCAACUGCCGCUACCCGGUCUCAAUCUGACGCAUCGUCAACUAUUUUUUCUGAAUUUUGCUCAGAUUUGGUGCUCCUCCAUAACGUCCGAGACGAUGACUCUUCAAAUCGAGAAGGAUACUCACAGUCCGCCGAAGUACAGGGUGAUAGGACCACUUUCGAAUAUGCCAGAAUUCUCCACGGAAUUUAACUGCCCUAAGGACUCGAACAUGAAUCCGGUACAUAAGUGCGAAGUGUGGUAACGCCUACGCCUCCUGUUAAUCCCGACUGAUUCGUCGAGGACAGUUCGGUUGAACAGGAUUUUCGGCGUCACGGGGAGACCGUCGAGUCUUCCACGUGCUGUUGCGUAACGGGAGACACGUGGAACAUGGGACUUGCUCCGGGCAUCGGACUGUGCAUUUUUUAAUUCCUUCACAUAUCACCACUUACCGUGAGGAUAGCCACUUUGAAUUUCACAGAUCCUUCGUCAGCGUAUGGUUUUACCGCAAUUUUCAAACGCGCGAUCUCGAAAACAGUCAGGAAACGUUGGCACCUUCUUUCAGCUGAGGGAAUUUAUUGGCUCAUUUUUAAUAGCGGUUGUCACUUAUUAAUUACUCUGACAUGUGAUUCAAACAUAACGCAAAGCUUGCCAUGAUUAUUUUUCGAGUCUCUUAAUUUUAUUUAAUAAUAUCUUGAAAUUCACAAUUCACACUGAAUUCUCUGUCAGCAAAUCAAGACUUAUAUAAGAGUUACUUAGAUCGUGCGACAUAUUACCAUACGCAUUUUGAAUAUCAUAAGUUUUGUGAGCAGAACAUACUAGCGUUUCUCGCUAUAAGAAGUUCAUUUUAGUUUAUAAAAACUACUUACUUUAUUGGCUAGGCGAAACUCGGACGUCGCGGUAACGCGACACGCGCGAUAUAAUACGCUAUUGAUGUCAAAAAAAAUAUUUUUAAAUGUGCUUAAUUGUGCUAAAUAUUUUCCUCUCGUGCCACCUAGCGCGUACUUGGAAUUCAAGCGAAUCGGAGACUUUUUCGUCUGAUGGAAAAAUGUAUCCGGAAAAAAAAUGAUUUAGCUAAAAUGUAGAAUUGGAAAGUUUCUAUAUAUUUCGCGAAGCUAUGGAUACUUAAUCAUAAAAAUCAGAAGUUGUUUUUAGAAUGUUCUCUAGCGUUGAAGAGGCUGUAAAAAAAAAAGAUCUCACGUGUAACUUCUGACUACAUACAUUGGAUAUUUCAUUUUGCAAAAACUAAUCACUUUUAAUUUAAUUUGCAUUUUUUAUUUAACUUGAGUUUUGUAUGUUUUUUUUUGGAGAUCGGUAGUACCACUUGUAUAAAUAUGUUUGCGAAACGUUGUGUGAUCUCAAGCCUACAUAGAAUGUAAUUCUACAUGUACUUUCUCUUCGUUUCGAGUUGUAUUGUAUUAUAGUAUUAAAAUAUUGCAUAACUGUGCGCAACAGCUUGCAACGCUUUAUUGAAGAAGAUUGAAUAGCAUAUUUGUAAAUAAUGUGAUUUCGAGAUGAUCGAGAAACUUAUACGUCUAUCACAAGAAAGGUGUAGACCUUUGCUUGUUAGCAUUAAUUUUAAUUAAUAGGAAAUAAAAUUCUCAGCGCAAUGACCAGCUGCAAUGGAGUCAAUUCAAAAUGCUAAAGUUUCGUUGUAAAUCUUUCGUUGCUAAACGAGAACGAGGUCGAUAGCGAACAUAUUUUAGCAGUGUAGAUAAUAAAAGGACUAUCGAUAAUUUUAUUUCUUCAUACAAUAAAAAGGAUCGCCGAGAUAAUGAACUUGUAUACCGUUUUUAUGGAAAACGGAUUUCAAAACUGCGUAACACAAGGAUGAGAAUUCGCGAGAUGUAAAAUAUUGCUACGAAAAAUUGUGUAACCAAAAAUUGGUAAAAAUUCGUCCUGUAAAGUUGUAAAUUAUUCAAAUUUCAUCCACUUUUGCAGAAACAAAUUCUCUCACAUCUGUCUUAAUACGUUCAUUCUUUUCAGGAAUGUUAAUGAUAUAAAACAUAUAAAUUAUCCAACUGCUAAAUGAUGAAAGAAAGUAGCAAACAUUGAUAUUCUUAGCUUAUCCUUGAUAUAGGUUUUUCAAGAAAUAUAAAAUUAUUAUAAUAGAAGUAAGUUCGAAAGUGAUCAACAAAAAUACGAUAUUUUGUUAAUGACUCACGUGAUGUAUCAUGUUACUACAUUUUCUAUGUAUAUUUAUAUAUAAAUUUUUCGUUAUUGUAUUUUCCCAAUCAUUGUGAAAGGCUCCGAUUAUGCUGUGAAUGUAACAAACCUUGGAAUUUGAGUAAGUUUUGUAUAAUUCGAAAGAGAUGCCAAUCAAAAUCUGAUCUUUUUUAUUGUGGGGGUGAAAAUAUAAAUCCGUGCAGCGUCGUUUCGUACGAGGAAGAGAGUAUAUCAUAAGUAGUCAAAUCUUUCACUGUAUAUUGAAUAUAAGAGAUACACUUAUUAUCCAUGCACAUAACCGAUUUAUUUAAGCGAUCCCAAUAGUAACCGCGACAUUCGUACCAGCUGCGGACAGAGCGGAAAGAAGAUAUCAACAACAACUAAACACGAUUACGCUUAACUUCGUUUUAAGUUGCGCCGUUAAAUAUUGCGGAAGUGUAUUAUUCUCGUCGGAAUGUUGUAACGUUAAUUCUAGAAGAACCCUAUAGAACCCAUACCAAUCAUCACGUACUGAAAAAUCACAAUUGUCACAAAUACAUUUCUCUUUUUCUUUGUCCUACUGAGUGUGAGUAAAGAGAUGAGGCAUCUAGUUAUGUCUGAUCUUAUUUCUCGAAACGUUAAGAAAUACCUUAGGACAAAAAAUAAUCAAACGCAUUAAUAUACCAUUUUUAUGCUCGAGGGAGUAUCUCGCAGGAUAGAAAGAUGCUAAGGUCCGUUGGAUAUCUAGGAGUAAAUCUAAGGUAUUAGUGUUAAAUUCGUCAGAUUUAAGAAAUUGACGACAAUGCGGGAAAACUUUGAGAAGAAUCGUGAUGCACUCGAAUCUACGAUUCCUUGCUCCGUUCUCGCUCUCUCGCUUCCAUAUCUCCCUUUUGGAGUAUCAUAGGUGGCGAAAUACAUAAAAAAAAGCCAAAGGUUCUUUAAUUAUAAUGUAAGAUCCAUAUAGGCCUUAAAUAUAUGACGCCGAUGCAUAAUGCAUUUGUAAAUGUCCGUUGUUUAUAAUUGUGAAUAAUGUCUUGUAACAAUGAGAAGAGCAUCGUUUCUGCGAUUAUAAGAUAUUGUUGCGAGUUGUAUUUGGGGAAAAUAUAAUUCGCGUGUGGUUUUGUGUAGCGCAGAAAAAGCGUAUCGGUCAAUGACGAUGUUCGCCAUGAUUAUUUUUCUGUAUUGUAUAUUAUGUACUAUGCUUAUAUGCAUAUUAUUAUUAUUAUUAUUAAAUCAAAAUUAAAGAAACUGACCCUUCACGCUCGCUGCUAGCAUUACGUUCUAAUUAUUUUCUUUGUAUUAUUGUUGUUCAUAAAAACUAGUGUAAUGUGAUGUUUUACAAGGAUUUCUUCGUCUUAUACAUACAGUAUUUAUUAUCUCAAUGAAGAUUUCUAGAUAACCUUAAUGCAGAUUUUCUUCCAAAUAAAAUUGAUUAAGAAAGCA